CUGGGCUGAGGAGAGGUCUGAGGGGUCCGGGCUGCACGGAGCCGCUGCCGGGCCCGGGUUACAAGUAGAAGCCGCGGGGAACCACAGUCUCUGACCCGAGGAGUUCAGUUAAGAAGAUGGCAGUGUUCACCCCAAGAAAGAGGAAGCAGAAUUUUUUGAACUGUGACAGCCUGUUAUCAGAAAUAUCAUCACAGGAAUUAAUUUUGAACCUCACUGAAAGUCUAUUUCCAUCACCUACAAAAAAGUAUGCUUGUCAGAACAGUGAUAAAAAAGAAGACAGAGAACAUUGCUUUCCUCAAGACCAUUUGAUUUCAAGUCCACACAAAACAACUACAAAAUACAGAUUGUCAUCUGUAGAUCACAGCUCACCAUUUAAAUCUGCUGUGUCUACUAUAUCUUUUUACAACAAAGAUAAAUUGUACCUCAAUCCACUGGAGAGAAAGCUGAUAAGAGAUAGUAGAUCUUGUCUGCAGACUAAUGGUGAAGAUAAACCUAUUCCCAUUAUGACUGAAAAAGUCUCUAUCAAAAAGAAGACCAAAAAAACACGAAAGAGUUUAACUGUUAAGUGUCAACGCCGUUUUACGCACAUCAAGGAAGUGUCAACAGAUUCUAGAAAUUCCAAGCAAAAUCAAAUGUCAAAUAAACCUGUUGUAAAGAAAGAAUAUAAUUGUUACCUAGCUGAAAGUAAUCCAAAUACUCCUCGGGUUCUAAGCCAAAAGGUAAAACCACAGGUUACACUCCAAGGUGGAGCCGCAUUUUUUAUUACUAGGAAAAAAAUGUCUCUUAAAAAAUUGUCACCAGAAGAUAGACCGUCACUAGGAGUCACAUACAAAAAUAAACCAGAAACAACUGGAGAUUCUGAUUCAGAGGUUAUAUGUAAGAGAAAAACUUUUGUGAAGAAUCAAAUGUCAAAAUACUUAUUACUAGAAAAGAAUGUUGAACUACAACAUUCAAGAAGUAGAAACAAAGAAGAAUUAAUAAAGGAUUCAUCUGGUGCAGUAGUUUCUUCAAAGGAAUAUAAACUUGAUAAAGAUAACAAUUUUCCUUCAGAGAAUUCUGUUGAAAACAAGACAAUUUCUCCUGAGUCCACUGUCUACCCCAUCUUCAAUGUGUCUUCAGUCAAUGCAAAAAGAUCUACAGCUGAAGAACAGAUUUCUUUGGGAUCCAUGAGUGGUACUAACUUCUUGAAACAGGCUCAGAAAAAUAUGAACAUGAGAGAUACAAAUAAAGAAACAAAAGACCAGCUCAUCAUUGAUGCAGGUCAAAAACAUUUUGGGACUACUAUGUGUAAGUCUUGUGGCAUGAUCUAUUCUGCUGCCAACCCUGAAGAUGAACUGCAACAUGCCCAAUACCACCAGAGAUUCCUGGAGGGAGUUAAGUAUGUGUAUUGA